AUGGCGGAGAUGGCGCCGCGCGACGUCGCGGGCAUACUGUCGGCGUUCGCGAAGGCGGGCGUCCGCGACCAGGAGCUCACCGACGCCAUCGUGGAACACUCCUGUGGGCUUCUGAAGGACGGCAUAUCGCAGAGCUGCCACCGAGGGCCAGGGAAGUCGCUGAAGCGCGACGUCUACAUCGGGGACAAGAGUGCGGUCGACGGCGCUGUCGACGCGUUUGACAUGAUGAGCUUGUCGGAGCUGCUCCCGGCCCUGGCCGACCUGGAGGCCGCCCCCGCGGAGCUGCUCGAGGUCGCGGGCGAGUACGUCGCCAUGGGCCUCAGCCAGGG